CCUGCUCUUUGUGUCUUCUGCCCUCCAGAGACGCUGGGACCAUUCGGAGCAGGCCUCCUUCACCGAGUCUGUGCAGGACCCCGAUGUCAGAUGUACCAUGAAGAGCCUCUUUCCAGGCCCUCUGCAGCCGCUCAGGCUGUCCUGCAGACCAGAGGACACUCCCCAGUCCAGCCCCUUGGCCCGCAGCAGAAAACCCUCCAGGAGCCUGGGGACUCUUCACUGGCUGCAUCUCCAGAGCCUUGUGAGUCAAUUAUGCUAUUUGAUGUCAGUGUCCCGCUGCAGAUACAAUCAAUCUUUUUGGUGAAGCACCUGUUUGCAAGGUUUAUCAUUCUCACUAAAACUUCGAAAUAACUAAGUGCACACCAUUUAAUCUACCGAGCCUCUGUUUCAACUUCACAAAGUAUGGGUAUAGCUUUACGAUCAAUUAAAAUAAAACAAAAAGAUCUAGUGUUUUUCAAUAGCAACGCAAGGUUGUUCACAUUAUUAAUACUUUUAAACUCAAGGUUUUUAUGCAUCAUUUUUUUGUUAAAAUCAUCAUCUCUUAAGAAUCAUGGUUUACUUUUUCACUCAUCCCUAAACCUGUGUGAUCGAUGUGUUUUCCCUAGUUCCCCAACAGCUGGGCCCAUUUAUUUACUGUAUGAUCAGUCAAUACCCAACUCCAGCAUGUUGUGAUCUUGUGAGUCAGCACAGAUUUAAGAUAACCUUACAGCGCCCUCCUCCAAUUCUUUAUCCUAUAAAACUGUGAGCAUUCAGCAGCUGAGAUUACCAUUGUUUUUGUUGUUGUUGCUUAACUACUUAAUUUAGGUUGAAAAAAGUUGAAUUUCUUUUGAGCAUAUGAUUCGACAAAGCGCCCUGCUCAAGGCGUUGCUCUCCCCUCUGUCACACUGCUCAACAAUUAUCACUAUAAAAGAUCAGACAAACAAGCCUCUUAUGAUUGUUUCCACAACAACAGUCAAGCUGCUGCUGCUGCUGCAAAUACAUUUUAAGCACUUGUUGUUUUGACUCUCUGCAGUGUGUGUGUGUGUGUGUGUGUGUUUUUUCCCCACAUGUUGAGGGAAUGCAAACAGACCUGGUUGAGUACGCAGGUAGAUGUAGUGCAUGUCAGAGUCGAUCAGAUACGGUUGAGCUUUGGACAAAGACGCAGUUGUAUUAUACUGUAGGUGUUUCCCUCUUUUACAGGCGACAAACCUUCAUUGUUGGUAUUAUUAAUCUGUUUGAUAACUGGAAGCACCACAAGCAUUUUAAGUAAGACGGAAGUGGUGCUGGUCUUUUUGGGCAUAGCGCUACUUGCCAGUAUCAGCCUGUGUGAGUGGAAGUUGUCCUGUAAUGAAAAGGGCUAAUUAAAAUUCAAUACCGUUGUCAUCGUAUAAUAACAUCGUUCAGGACUUUGACUUCACAUUUUUAUCCAAGCGAAGACACUGACAUGCAGAGUCGUCAUAUCUAAUUUGCCGGGGUCAAACCUCCACAGAUGAGGACAGGUUCAGACAUCGUGAUCACUAUGCUGUAUUUAUUCCAUUAAUGUUUACAUACCCAGCAGGUACAACGCAGCAUUAUCACAGACGUGACCCCGGUGGUGUUGAUGGAGCUAAAAGCCUUUCAUUGUGUCCCUUUUCCUGGGAAGAAGGCCAUGUGCUUGCCUGUUUACAAGUUGAUAGUGCAGUUUUGAUGCAGCGCCAGGGAAAUUGUUUAUGAAGUAGCAUUGCUGCACGUGUGAGAGAAAUCUGAAUUGAAAUUGAACUGAAUUACUUUAUUGAAAUGUCACUUAAUUUGUGUCAUUAUACAUCUGUGAAAGUUAAUAUUAUACUUGCUCUAAAUACUUAUAAAAUAAUCAUAUGUUGCUCACAUACGUUUCUGUCGUUAAUAUGCCUUGUCAAAAAUCAGACACGUUUUUAUAGCGUGAUGGAAACAAGGUUGAGAGUGAGUCCACUCUGGACUUGGCAGGAUAGACAGUGUAACCCCUCAUAGUGCUGUGCAAUGUAAUAAUAUAUUUUGCGUAACAAUAGAAAAAUGUCUGUUGUUUAUUAUUAUGCCACAAAGCACUGUUUUUCAUAAUUUGGUUGACGCCGUAUGUUUCUCCACACGGCAUGGACACAGGCCGGAAAUGUGCAUGGCAGCAACACAAACAAACAUGGAGGAUAGCACAUGUGACACAGAACGGAGUAACUCUGGCUCAAAAGAAGGGCUCCUUCAGCCACACGGAAGAGAUGUGGGUAUGACAAGUCUGAUGUGGAGAAGAAAACUUUGCAAGUUAAGCCGCAGACCGUUCCCCACAACAGACCGACAAAACAACACAAACCUCUUUUGCCACUUAUACAAGAUGUAAAGAGAAGUAUCGUUAUCUGGACAUGAAAUGACCUGAAUGAUAUUUUGAUCGUAUCCCACAGCCCCGCCCCCUCUCUUGGAACAGAUUCAGUGUUUAUGAGUCUUUGGUCAGUAUACAGGUGCUUGAACUCCCCGAUGAGGUCCGCACCCAGUACGACCCAGACAGGCACUGAAGAAUUGACCCCUAGCCCAUAAGCCGCCCAGUUCAUAGUGGAAGAGACACAGCUGUGCACAUGAUGAGAGUCGGAUAGAUGGAAACAGUAUGAAUUAAGAUUAUCUGAAGAGGAGAUGCUGAAGUGCAGGAUAUCAGGCAGGGGAAGCCUGGAGAACAGGCUUUUCAUUUAGUAUUUAUUGAAUCACACUGGAAGGUUUCAUGGAGCAAGAUGCUCAUGCUGCCGACCCAUUAGAACUAGCUCUCGAUGAACUUGACCAGCCUCACUCCAAUACCUGCAGGAGUGCUGCCACAGACAUGUGAACUGUGUUCUGGCCUCCCUGGGCAGCCCUCGCCUCUGCCUCUGUCAUCCACAUGACUGGAACGACGAUGUUCUUCAGAGCAAGGAUUUGUUUGGGCCCAGGAUCAUCAUCUGGUGUGUUGAGCUUGAGGAAGGGAGAAGGGCAUUUGUACCGCUGGGGAUUAGAGCAAGGCCAAAUGAAUGUGGUUAGGAAACAAUGCCGAGAAAAAGAACAGAACAUUAAAGAAGUGUUAACUGAUUUUUUUUUUCUUGCCACGUGGGGCCAGAAAAAUAAACUGUAAGCACCAUGUUGACAUAUUUAUGUUGAUAUUGAAAACAUUAGCAUUCAUUUGGAGUAAUGUGAUUGUCCACUCAACAAAUGCUAAAUUCACGCUUCUCAUGUUCACGAGAUGUUUUUUUUUGCUAAUGACAGGAUUGAUGAGAGAACUGAGAAUUAACUAAAACAUUAAGGCCAUAAAAACCAAAAACAAUGAACUGAAAGGUGUAAAUUUGGGAUGUGAUAAUUCUCUGUGUGGUCAUCACUCAGUUGACCCCUUUCUCAUUGCACAUAUUAUUAAUACAAAAAAACAAAAUAAGUGUGCUAACUUUUAUAAACUUUCCGAGGCUUUCCGAUAAAAGUCUGUCUAAAGAAGGGACUUCACUGACUCAGCUGACCUGGCCCCCCUUGGCCAGGACGUUCCUGAGCCUCGUUGCGCUGACUGCAGAAACCUGUGGAACAGACAAAGGACUUCUGGCAGAGGAUCUCAACGUACGUGCUGGUGCCUACCGUAGUAAAAGGUCAGAGAUAAAGCUUGGACAGAGACCAUGGAGAGCUUUAAAAGUAAUCAGAUAUGCGUUUUUGACACAGAUACAUUUCGGCUUUUAUUAAUUUGUGCAUCCAAAAACAAGCUCUCAGCGGGGAUACUUUGAGCAACCUGUACGUCGUCGUCCAUAACACUGAAGUUGUGUGAACCUGGUGUCAUGGAAGUUAUCCGCUGUGAAGGAUGGACCAAAAGUCCUAUCCGGUAUUAUACACUGAUUAUUAUGGUCGAUAUAAACUAUCUUGAUAUGCAUUCACCAUGAUCUGUCAUGUGACUGGUUCACGUCCAAAUUCUGUCUCUUCUACCUGCACAGCGCUGUUGCUCCAGCAUACAUACAGUACAGUAGCUGUAAGUGUAUAUCCAUGAAAAUAAUCUUUCUUCCCUGUUCUCUCUACCAGCUGUUGGUCAUAGGUUCAGUCCUGUGUCAGAUGCUCCAGCUCCCUAGGUUAUUUCAGUUACUCCAGACAGCACCAGUGUUUAGCUGUGAGUCCUUAAUCACAGGAGGACCUUUUCUCACUAUUUAGUGAUAAACAAAGCGAUUGGGUGGGGCUGAAGAAGAUGUUGCCCUUGGUCAUGGAUAGAGAGCGCCAUCGUGACAGCACCCAUGCUCUCUAUAGCUUUUAUCUACCUCUGCUUUUUAUAGUCAGAGCCCCAUUCAUGUGACUCUUCCCGGUAAGCUCGGAGCAUGUGAAAGGCAAAGAGGCUGUCUCUCAGGAAAUAGGCAACUUCACAACAAAUAGCACAAAGGGGAAAAGUCUGAGUAUGCAAAGUCAGUAGGAGUGAAAGUAAGGGAGGCGAGCGAGAGGGCCAGGCCAGGCCAGGCCAGGCCAGGCCAGGCAGCGGCUUAAUGUUUAUACACUGCAGGAACUCAGAGAGGAAGUCUUUAUGGAGCACAGUUCAAAGUUGGUGAACAAUUUGCUCCGUAAGACCGGGAGUGAAGGAAAAACGGGAAGGCGGAGGAUUGGAAAGAGAGAGAGAGAGCGAGAAAGAGAAGGAGGUGAUCUGUCAUGUUUCUCCUCCCUGUAAAUCAGACGUCCAUAUUUAGCUGGAGAGAGGGAAGGACCAGCACCAAUGUAAACAAAGCCGGGGAGAGGGAGGGAGGCAGGGGGAGUACAUCAACACUACUGUUUGUGUAUAUUGCCCAGUCCGACAGUGAGCAUGGUCUUGAGGAAGAGACCAGAAAAGGCUGGACUGGGGGUCAAAUAAAGAUUUACAUUUCCUUGACUUUUUGGAGCUGUUCUUUUUGUCUUUUGGGAUUUCUGAAGCCGAGAGAGUUUCGCAGUGGACAUGAGCAGGUACAGGUUUUUGUUCUAAUGGGAGGAAGUGAGGACUGCCGCUAACGUGUGGAAGUGAGGACCUGGAUUCGUCUCUAAACCUGACGUCACAAAAACGUCACGUUUAGAGAUUAUUCGAGAAACCACAGAGGAACAGUUCAGAGAGUUGGAGCAAGUUGACCCAAGACAGAGCAAGCAAAGGAGCCAACCACCAGGCCCCUGACCGUCCUCUGUUCACCAUGAAUGAUCUGCGCUCUGAGGGAGAGCACUCUGAGGUUCAGGACAGGCCACAGGAAAAAAGGAGGACCAGGCUUCCAAUCAUUCAACUCAUGCCCAGGUCCAGAGCAGGCUCACCGGGAGGGUCCCCAAAGAGCUCGCCCAGGGAUUCCCCACAUGCAUCUCCCCGAAAUUCCCCGGUGCUCUUCAGGAAGCUGCUCAUGAACCGCAGCAUCAACCUCCAGAGGCGCCGCUUCACCCUCGCCCACACGCCCAGCUUUGAUGUUGAGAAUGGACUGUCGGUGGGUCGCAGCCCCCUGGACCCCCAGGCCAGCCCCGGCUCUGGUCUGGUCUUACAAGCCAACUUUCCCCACAGCCAGCGGCGGGAAUCCUUCCUGUACCGCUCCGACUCCGACUUUGACCUUUCACCCAAAGGUCCCUCCAGAAACUCCUCCACCGCCAGUGACCUGGAAGAAAGCUUGAAGCACUGGGAGGUCAACUGGUUGUCAUCUCGACACACAGAAGACAUGAUUGUUACACCAUUUGCACAGAUCCUUGCCAGCCUGAGGACAGUCCGGAGUAACUUUGCCAUCAUAACCGACCAGCAAGAUCGGCCAGCAAGCAAAACGCGAUCCUCAGGCAACAACCCACCAUCCAUGUUCAAGACCAGCCUUGCAGAGGAGCCUCACCAGCAGUUGGCCAUAGAGACGCUGGAUGAGCUGGACUGGUGUCUGGAACAGCUAGAGACGCUGAAAACCCGACACUCUGUCAGCGAGAUGGCUUCGAACAAGUUCAAGAGGAUGCUGAACCGAGAGCUCACCCAGCUGUCAGAAACCAGCCGAUCUGGGAACCAGGUGUCUGAGUUCAUCUCUAGCACCUUCCUUGAGAAGCAACAUGACAUGGACAUCAUGUCUCCGCCCACCAAGGAGAAGGACAAAAAGAAGCGGCCCAUGUCCCAGAUCAGCGGUGUAAAGAAAGCUACCCACAGCCCCAGCCUUGCCCCCUCCACCAUCCCACGCUUUGGGGUCAACACCAACCAGGAAGGACUGCUAACCAAGGAGUUAGACGACGUCAACAGAUGGGGCAUUGACAUCUUUAAGGUCUCAGAGUAUUCUGGGAAUCGCCCGCUGACAGUCACCAUGUACACCAUCUUCCAGGAACGGGAGCUGUUGAAGUCCUUUAAGAUUCCCGCAGACACAUUCAUCACUUUCAUGAUGACUUUGGAGGAUCACUACCACGCAGAUGUGGCCUACCACAACAACAUCCACGCUGCCGACGUGGUCCAGUCCACACAUGUCUUGCUGUCCACACCUGCCCUGGAGGCUGUGUUUACUGAUCUGGAGAUCCUCGCCGCUCUGUUUGCCAGUGCCAUCCACGAUGUGGAUCACCCUGGAGUUUCCAAUCAGUUUCUCAUCAACACCAACUCAGAGCUGGCCCUCAUGUACAACGACACUUCGGUGCUGGAGAAUCACCAUCUGGCAGUAGGCUUUAAGCUUCUGCAGGAAGACAACUGUGACAUCUUUCAGAACCUCAACAAAAAACAGAGACAGUCACUUCGCAAAAUGGUCAUCGACAUGGUGCUGGCAACAGAUAUGUCUAAGCACAUGAAUCUAUUAGCAGACCUGAAAACCAUGGUGGAGACCAAAAAAGUUACUAGUCUAGGAGUCCUGCUGCUGGACAACUAUUCAGACCGCAUACAGGUCCUUCAGAACAUGGUGCACUGUGCAGACCUGAGCAACCCCACCAAACCUCUUGAGUUGUACCGACAGUGGACCGACCGCAUCAUGGUGGAGUUUUUCACCCAGGGGGACAGGGAGAGGGACAGGGGCAUGGAGGUCAGCCCCAUGUGUGACAAGCACAAUGCCUCCAUAGAGAAGAACCAGGUGGGUUUCAUUGACUACAUCGUUCAUCCUUUAUGGGAGACGUGGGCUGACCUGGUCCACCCAGAUGCUCAGGAGAUCCUGGACACACUGGAGGAUAACAGAGAGUGGUACCAGAGCAUGAUCCCCCACAGCCCCUCACCCAGCACGGAGGGCCAGGAGGAGGAAGCCCUCAUAGGGGAAGCUUCAGCACUUAGUCGGGGCUGUGGCUCCACCUCCACAGAUAAGUUCCAGUUUGAGUUGACCUUGGAAGAAGAAGGAGAGUCUGAUACAGAGAGUCCGCCCGAGGAGGAGGGUGGCUGCAAUCGCAGAGCGGCGCCUGAACUUUUCAGAACUGAUUCUGGCAGCGGAUUUGACGCAGUGUCUGCUAAGACUCACCGGUUCCCCAAACUGCUCACCACUGAUUCAGACAGGACGUUUUCUUUAGACUCUGAUAAAGAUAUGGCAGAAGAAAGAGAAACAGACCAGGAAAGCGUCUCUGAGGCACCACACGUCAGACUUGGCACAUAGCACAACUCAAAGGUUUUUCUUUAGGCCUUUUUUGUUUAUUUUUCUUGAUUUUGGUGCCUCGUCCUCUGUCACUCCCUUUCUCCCACUCCAACCAAACACCACCACCUCUGGUUUCCGUGGACAGGGUGACAGCCUCGGGGUGUGGAGUACGGAAGUGCUGGCAGGUGUGGGAGGUGUUGAGAAAGUCUGCAGUUUUACACAGCAGUCACUUGCACUGGAGAGAGACAGAUGGACUCAGAGAAGACAGCGAGACAAAUUUCUGAACCGGUCCUUUGUCUCCUGUGUCUUUCAGUCGGACUUACAGAAACAGUGAGAAGUUUAAUCUUUUUUUGAACUUCCAUUUUUUACCAGCCAACCCAAGGUCUACUACAGCUAAUGACAGACCUGUCUUCCUCUUUUGGAGUAUUUGUGAAGAAAGUGAGGCAGUGAUGGAUGAUAGUGAAAACACAACAAAGUCUUGUAAGACAUCUUGCCAAACUUGCAAUUUAUGAGGACAGUGCAGUUUUACCUGUCUUUUUGGUUUUCUGUUGGUUUAUUCUUUACUUAGGUCCAUACACCAUGAAAUGCAGUUAAGAAAGAUUCACUCCAAAGCAGCGUAAACAAAGUAAUGUCAGAAAGGAUCUGUGCAGGAUUUUAUGCAGAACACUUUCAAUGUAGCAGACAUUUUGAGUGACUUGAUCAUUAUUGUUGUAUGCAUAGCACUACUAUAAGCUGGUGUUGCACAGCCCAUUUGCUUGCGUUCAGCAGGAAGUUGUUUUAGAACAUGGACAUAAUUCAAAUGAAUGGGCUAGCAAUACUUUUUAUUUUUUAUUUUCAGUUGUUUCGGACUUAUUAUUUCCAUUUUUUAAAUAAUCCUAAACUAUGAUAUUGUCAGCAACAAAACUGAGCCGGGGUCAGUGUGUUGCAAAGUCAUAUAAUUACAUCUAAAGCUAUGUGGACUGUGCAUAUGGCGCCUCCCAGUGUUGACAAGUGGAACUGGUUUUGGUGGUAAAACAUUUUGCAUGGUUUUACAUAGGCCUAUAUGGAAAAUACAUCCAAAGUGUAUUGAACUGUAGGACUACCCAAAAUAUCAGUUAUGUUUCCAUUUUUUUGGCUCUUUUUAAUUUUUUUAAAGUCAGUAUUGUUUGUUUGCAUUCUUAAUAUUUGUCACCCAUUUUUAUCAGUUUGCCUUCAAGUUUAGCACUUUACAGUUUUGUUCAUUGCUCGCCCUCAUUGUGGGUUUUUUAAGGGCUUGAGCCAUAACAUCAACACAUAGGAGGCUGAUGACUGAGAAACAGUUGGUCAUUGACUGUAACGCAACCGGCAAAAACAUCAGGCAAAGAACACUAUCCACUCAAAUCCAUUACUGUUACUACAUAAUGUGUCAAACACAGCAUCCACCUACUGAAGUACUGAUUUUGGUAACUUGAUUAACUUACAAGACUGAAAAGGUGUUUGAAGCACAAGUGUUGCAAAGAAGGCGCUCGCAUCACUGUAACUGUAAACCCAAGAGGUCACCAAGAGACAGUUUCCUGUGCCCGAAUAUUUUUUUUUUCAUCUUUUUCCUCUCAUUGAUCAAUAUUUCGCUCUUCACAGGGACAUAGUCAAUGACAAAACAAGUGCCAAGCAAGCAUGAUACAACCCGUACUGUAAUUUCCAUUUUGCCACUGGCUACUUUCCAUCAGUGACUGAUAAAGUUGGUUGAUUGUAGCACCCUGUGUGCCAAUCUGACCCUACUGUCUCUGUUCCUUUUUUUUCUAACUCCUGUUCAAACAGUAACUGAAACUGAUAUUGUCUUAAAACAGUGAUGUGUUUUUUGUGUGUGAAUGACUGGGUUGAAUUUUUUUGAUGUAUUUGCUAAGAAAAAAAACAAAAACCAAAGCACUUUGUAUGGUACUUUUACAGUUCUGCACUUCCAGUACAGUUGAACAUGUAUAACGUGACAGUUUUUCUGUCUGCAAAUGAACUGGUUAUUGAGUUGAAUUGCAUAGGCUGGACCACUACAGCUCUAAAAGGUUGGAUGUUGGAGGGACUGAAGUAGUUCUUUGUUCUUUUUAUAAUGGACUUUACAAAAAAUGUGUUUUUAUGAAAUUCAUGACAUUGGCUGCAGGAUUCAAAGAACAUGAAGAGUAGAGUACUUACAAAACUUAGCCUGUGGAGAAACAUAUUUAAUUUAAUUACAGUGAAACAGAAAAAGAGAUCAAGUAUUAAUUUGUAAACGAGCUGAAAGUUUUUUCGGGGUUAUUUUUUGUUAUUUUGACGCCUUAUUUUCAAACUGUUUGUUUUUCCUUUUGUUUUUUCUCUUUGCUGGUCGUAGAUGUGUUCACUGAUAUGCUGGAGAAAACAGACCAACACUCAUGGAUGCCUUCAACAUUAAGGACUAUUUAACAACAGCUUAACCAGCACAACAUGCGGCGAUUUAGUCUGUCUCUCUCUGUGUCACUAAUUGUUUGAUUUUGUACAUUUUCCUCAAAGUGCUUCAUGUACAGUUUAUUUAUUAUUUCUAUAUUAUGUGUCAGAAACGAUGGAGCUGUAGACUUUUUCUGUGUGAGGUUGAGUGAUAAUGUGUAGCUUGAUGCGUUGGAAAGUCAAACAGGACAGAUUUUAACUAUUACUCAGCUCAUUUCCUUCUCGUUCAUUUUCUUUUAUGUUUGCAAGUAACAUUAUACAUAAGCAAAAACGCUCUCUUUCAUGUUUUUUCUUGAUAUGAAAAUAGUUGAGUGACAGAUUUCCGUCUUGGUUUUCUGAAUCAGCUCGGAAGACAUCUUUCCUUGUCUUUCUCUGUUUCCAUCGAUCUGGUCAGAUCAUGUAUUCCUUGAAGGAUCAUACAGUAACUGUGCUGAUCUGAAACUUCUUUGAUUCAUAGUGAAGAUAAUUUAGUCAUACAGCCUCAACAUUCAUCCUAGAUCAGUAUUUCUUUUCUUAGAGAUUUUAUGGAUGUGGGUCAUGAACUGAGACUGCAGCUUUGACAAUCCAAACUCUGCUGUUUAACUGCGGGUGUGUUAGCCCUCUCUCCAACUAGAACUGUAUGCCUUGCCAAUAAAGGAAAAAGUUUUCACUCUU